AGAAAAUGUAACGGAAUAAUAAUCGGACCUCUAUCCAGCAAUGGACAAAGACCACUGGAAGAGAGAGUUGUUCGUAGCGAAGAGUCGUGAAUACUCAAACCAUGAUUGGGAUCUGCUUAAACAAAUACACUCUACAUCAUCACCACUAAAGGGUUUCGCACCGACUGAAGAAGCACACGCUGAAAGAGUUCUGGCAGGAAAAGUACGAGAUGGGCAGACGACAAACCACGUCUUUUCACCAUUUUCACUAGCAGCUAUAGCAGCUUGUGGCCUUCUACUUCUCACGGUAGUCCUAGCAUAUGCUUUCAUCAGAAGAAAUCGUCGCAAACAUCUCAAAGAUGAUUAUAAUACUUCCAGCAUCCUGGUUUACCCAUCUAGCAGAACAGGAUCACCUCCUCAGUUUCAGACAAAGGACAUUCAUUUCAGUCUUCCGCCACUAAGAAGCACAUCAUUGGGUGACCUUGCGGAGGACCCCUACGACUCAGACGUUGGUAUCACAGAUGCCCUAUUACUACCUACUGUAGGCUGCUAUGGGUUGGGUGUAAUCGAACCCGCCCUGUACAAGAGCACAUUGGAUCUGGAUGAGAUUCAGUGGCCUGAGGGACAUAUAGGAAGGCUUUGGUUUUCUUUGAAGUACGAACCUUCCACAGAAAAGCUGCUCGUCUCGUUGCUGAAGGCCAAAAAUCUGCCUUCCAGGACCGUGGGAACCGUGAAUAGCUGUGAUCCUUUCGUAAGUGCUGUAAGUGGUUCAUGAGUUACGUAUUUAGUGUUUAUGUGAAUGUGAUCAGCUGAUUUUAUGGAUCCGCUAGUCGCUGUAUUCCUCCUUUCUGUCUCAGGAAUCAUCGUUUUGAUAUGGAACUGGUGCACCGACAGUUAUAAUCCACAGUAUGAUACGAGGAUAUUAGAGGGUAUGUCACCAGGUUAUGUUCCAGGUGGUUACUGUAUUAACCCACGACCGGAUCAGGCUGUUAUGGGACGACGUAGAGCAAUGUUGUGCGAUACAUCAGUACUUGGACCCAGCACAACCAGAUACGACCAAUUACUGCGAAAUCAGUAUCAACAAUGUGGGAGUAGCAUAAGGUCAUCAGUAGUCAUAGUAACGCGAAAUAUAAUAAAACUGCAGUAUCGAAGGAAGAAAACUGGGAUGAGCCGAUCGAUAGUACCCCGCAAUAUAUCAAAACUAUCGUACUGAAGGCAGCAGAAUGGGAUAUGCCGUUACUUGGUACCGCGAAAUAUAUUAGAACUGUAGUAUCGAAGGAAGAAAACACGGAUAAGCCGAUCCAUAGUAGCCCGCAGUAUAUUAAAAAUAUCGUACCGAAGGCGAAGGAAGAAAGCUGGGAUAAGCCGAUCCAUAGUAGCCUGAAAUAUAUCAAAGCUAUCGAAUCGAAGGAAGAGAGCUGGGAUAAGUCGGUACAUAGUAGCCCGAAAUAUAUUAAAACUAUCGUGCCGAAGGAAGAAAAAUGGGAUAUGCCGUUACUUAGUACCGCGAAAUAUAAAAAAACUGCAGUAUCGAAGGAAGAAAACUGGGAUGAACCGAUCCGUAGUAGUCCAAAUUGUAUCAAAACUAUCGUACCGAAGGAAGAGAGCUGGGAUAAGCCGAUCCAUAGUAGCCCAAAUUAUAUUAAAAAUAUCGUGCCGAAGGAAGAAAACUGGGAUAAGCCGAUCCAUACUAGCCUGAAUUAUAUCAAACAUCAAAAUCUGGGGUGAAGGAAUCCUGACAAGCCGCAAGUAUAUUAAAAUUACCAAAUCCAAGGAAGAAAACUGCGGUAGGGAGACCGAAACUAGCCCGAAAUAUACCGGUACUGCCGUACAGAAGAACAGUCUGUACUGGGAUAAAACUAAUAUUAGACCAAUCAAAAUGCCUGAGCGAGAAGAGACGGCAGGUAGUUCUAAUGAAGUUUGUACGAGUACAUCAUAUGAAUUGCCAAGACACCAAAGUACUUCCAAAGCAAGAAACUCAUCAUAAAAAACAUGAUCGGGCCACUUCUGAUAAUGCCGUUGCCAAAGAAGCAGCUUUGGGUCCAACAAAGAAUAUCAAUAUCCCCUUACGGUGUUUUAACAUAAAUGAUAGUAAGGGAGAUGAUGUUUUGACUUGGCGGAAUUAGGAAAAUUUUUGAUAAACCAAUAUUCACCUGGAAGGCCAUGUAUAAAGAAAAUAGUGCGAAAUGAUAACUUAAUGGAUGAACUUUUAGAAAACUUCAGUAAUUUUGAAGAAAUACCAUUUUUUUAGAGAAUUUCUUGACGAAGACAACGAAUAUUAUGAAAAAGUAGAAUACUUGUUCCGGACUUCAAACAAAAGAUGCUUCAAAAUUUUAUUGCAGUUUCGAUUGAAUGUGCUUCAACUUUUUCACGGCACGAAGCUAGAAAAUCUUGAUGGAUACUCUCGGCAAAUUUCAAUUGGAGAUUAACCAAUAAACAUUUAUUUGGAAAGGGCAUUUCUUUUACAAAUGUCUCCAAUCUUGCAACAUUUCGUGGGGAUGUGAAAAAUAUACACAAAGUGAUGAUAAUGAGUUUGGUGCUUGUUAAUGAUGUGUGUAGAGGUAAUGAAAACAUGGUGAUUUCAAGAGAACCGUAUGACACCGCGACUGAUCGUUCAGGAAAAGUGCUUGUGAAGUUUGAAGACAAUACGUUUUAUCCAUUAUAUCUGAUACAUUACUCUGGGUUCGAUAGAUAUAUGUACAUAUAUUAUAAAAGGCAAAACAAAAGUGAUUUUUUUCUUAGUAUAUGGAUACACCAGUAGGAAGAUUUCUCAUUUUUUAAUCUAUGUAGGUCCUAUUGUGGAUAGCUUAUAUGCUUCUAAAUUGUAGUAUGUUUUGUGGUACUUCAUACAUGGAUUUCAAGGUUUAAAAAACAGACAUUCAUGAAACUGUUUCAAAUAUUUUUCUCCAAAGUUCUCUCGGAUAUUGAGGAACUGAUCAUAAAGAUAAAAAUACUUUUUUGUGAAUAAUUGUAUGCCUGAAUAAUAUAUAAUAUAUAUAAAUAUAUGUAUAUUCGUAAUAGGUUGGUCAUCACUGCCUUUUGCCUACAAAUAUGUAUAGUUUAUAUUUUUUAUUUUAAAACCUCAAUAAAAGUGGUGGAAAAUUACUGUCGGACAAUGAAAUCUUACGAUCAAUAUCAAUAAAGACUGGACGUUAGUUGCAUCACUGCCUAUUGCCCACAAAUAUCUAUAGUUUAUGUUUAUUUAUUUUGAAGACCUCAAGUGGUGGAAAAUUACUGUCGGACAAUGAAAUCUUACGAUCAAUAUCAAUAAAUACUGGACGUUAGUUGCAAUGCAUCUAGUUUUAUUGUCUUCAUCUCGAAUCGUUUUCAAGACAAAAUGUUAAAUUAUUUAAGUUACCUUACCUAUUUCAGUAUGAAUUGUUAGAACAAAUUUAGUUUGACCAAUUUUGUGUAAAGCUACUAUUUUGCCAUAAAAAGCUACAAGGCCUUUCAGAUUUGCAGUACAAUUGUCGAAUAUAACCGGACGGGUUAACUCUUUCAAAAAUCAAUCUAAAUAUUUAGUAUGUUGUAAUA